GCGUAUAACUACCAUCACUCCAUCCUGCAUGCCGUCGAGAGAAGGAAAAAGAAAGUCUGAAGGGAGAGACAAAGGAAGAAGACGUUAUCGCUCAGAUGGCACCCCGAUCUGGGGUCAACGUACCAUAGACGGUCCAGGAGUCUGGGUAACCUGUGUGAAAGGAAAGGAAAAGCAGACGGUGGGCGAGUUGUAUGAUCUUUUCGAAUCCCUGGCGUCCGAACUUUGGCCAGGGGAAGCUGCAGAAAACGCGAACGAGGCAAGGAACGGCGAAAGCGAUGACGAUGACGAGGAUAUCGAGAAGCAAAUAGCGAGGGAGAUCGCAUCCAUGAAGCGACCUAGGAAAGAGCAAAGGUUCGCUAACUGUCAGACGAACACGCCGUGUGUCGUCUUCAUUUCGUGCAAACCUCCGAUAGACCCCGUCCAUAUGGUCACCAAGCACGUACAGAACGUGAUGGAUGGAGGUGCUGCACAGACACGGUAUACGCAGCGACUGACUCCGGUAUCUGCUACCUGUGUUGCCAAUCUACCCGAGGUACUAUCUCUUUGCAAACGCAUGGUCGUGCCAUUCUUCGAAGACGAUCCGGAGAAGAUAUAUCGCUAUAAGAUUGAACUCAGGAUGCGCAAUCACAAUACGAUAUCGAGAAGCGCCUUGAUUGAGGGGCUUGCGAAGUGCAUCCCGGAGAGACACAAGGUUGACCUAGACAACGCAGAGGCGUUCAUCCUAGUAGAAGUCUUCAAGAGUAUUUGUGGUAUGAGCGUAGUGAAGGACUACUACCGCCUGCACAAAUUCAACGUGAUGGAGAUUGCCCAUGUAAAGAACGGUGAGACGGCUGAGGAGGGAAGAGUGGCCGACUCCGGCAAGCCCUCCAAAAGUGCACCCGAGUGAUCCAUAUUGUAGCUAUACGCAGCAGCAUAUAAUAUAGGCCGCAACACUGUAGCUGUAGCGAAAGAAGAAUGUAUCACUGUUGCAAGAUAUGCGCGGGCAUCGACGGG